AAUUUAUUCAACUGUAUGCGCAGUGAAAAGAAAGCGGAUUUAUUCUCGGAUAUCCACGAAGAAGGCAAGAGGGUAGUCCGAAGUCUAGUUUCCUCAUCGUCAUCUGAAAGUUUCAGACUUUCCGCUGGUGUCUGUCAGGAAAUGGAGGUAGAUAACCAGACCAACCCAUCACAGGUUAAGAGCUUGCUCAAUGGGUCAGUGAACAUUGUUGACUUUAACAAGAAAAGAAAGUUAGAGGCUGAGCAGUUGGGCUUGCCUAUAUCAAAGCAUCAAUGUUGGAAUCGGAGCUUACCAUCGAAGCCUCCUACAUUUAGCAGUAUCCAGGAAAUAAAGGGGUUUAGUCCAUGCACUUUCAAAGGAAAGGGAGGGGCCGCUUAUGAUGUAUCCGAAACUGGAUCGGCAAAAGAUAGCAAUAGCUUUGCUGAAGACUCUGACUGUGCAAUGUCUGUGCAUGAUGAAGCUAAAUUUGGAACAGAGGACACAAAGUAUUUACUAUAUGGCAGAGCUUCCUCCUCAUCUUCUGAUUGGGGAUCCAACUCCCAAGGUUCCCUUUAUUCUUCAGAUAGUACAACAGUAGCGUCAAGGAGUGUUGACAAAGAAGUACUAUCUUCUCCUGGUGGGGAGCCUGAGCCUGCUGAUGUUGAACUAGCUGACAAUCUUGAGGAGUCCCUUGUAGAGUAUGGAAGUCAUAUAGAUUACAUCUACUCAGGAUACGGAAACUACCCCAUAGAGGAAUACCGAGAUAAGGAAAUUGAAGAAAUUCUCAACACCAAUGGGGCAAAUCCAAAUGUUUAUGUUCUUUCAUCUGGAAGAUGGAGUGCCAAACAAGAUGCUUUCGUUAGUUCAGUCUUGUUGCACAUGCUUGGUUACUAGGGCCUUCUCAGAUGUUAUCAGCUGUAGUUUUCCUUGCUUCUGUCUUGAAUCUGAUCAUUCAAUCAAAGUGGAGGUGCAUAACUGACAAACCAAAAUUUGAUCUGUAAACUGUACAUUCAUCUUUCUCUUUUGGCAGAGUAAACUAAACUUCACCAGUUCAGAUAGAAGCUUAUUUUAUUAGUGGCUGAAAUCUUCUCUUGCUGUCUUUCAAUAACGUCAUGAUAAUCAAAAUUAAUCUAGAGUUAUGAACUAUGUUGUUGAAUUGUGUAGUGAAAAGGCAACAAUCUUGAAAGACAGCUUUUUGCUAUCUCUUUUAUGGUGCAAAACGUGGUGCUGAGGGUUUUCUGAUUUUAA